AUGAAGGAUCAGUUCAAGGAACUGUUAAUGAACUUGCCUUCUGAUGUUCUUACUUUAAUAGAUCUGCACUCUCAGAUUGAAGAAACUGACCAAAGACUUUCAGUAAAGCAAGGUGAGAGGGAUUAUUGGUUGGAGUACAAAAAUGUAGGAUGUAAAACACAGGCCAACAAGAUUAUGAAUCUGGAAAAAGACAUCAAGGAAGUCGAAGAUGACCUUCAGAGGGCUACAGAAUAUUAUAGAAAUGCUUUGAAAGCAGUGAAAGAAGAAAAUGACAGCUUGGUUGAGAGGCACAUGAAGUUAAGUAAGGAACAGGCACCUGAGAAUGCUGUAAGAUACUUAGACAAAAACAGUUGCAGAGAAAUUGAAGAGAAUGAAUGGCUAAAAGAAGAGGUUAAGAUGUACCAAAAGGAAGUAAGUGAUUUGAAAGCCUCUAUUCAGCUCCUGGAAGAAGAAAAUAUCAGUUUAGUGGCAAAACUGAUUGAUGGCCGACUUCAGAAUCUGAGAGUACCCAGACAUUUGUUUCUUACCCAGGCAGCUGGCUUGCAGGAUGGAUUUCCUAAGGAUGAAAUGAAAGAAGUAGAGUAUAGAGAAUAUGCAGCAAAAGCAGAUGGAGAUGAAAGCCUCAGAAGUGCCACAGUCUCCUGUCAGAAAAAUAAGGCCUUUGCAAAGAUUCAGUCUAAAACAGAGAAUGAGAAGCCUCAAGACAGUGAUGAGGAGCUGCGGGAAAAGUCUUUCACUCCAACUCUUGAUAGCUUGUUGUAUGAAGAUGAAAAAGAUUUCCAGGAAUACUUAAAACUGGGUCCUCUGGAGACAAGGUUAAUGUGUGUUGUUGGAAAAGCCAUGCCUAUUCAUAAAGAACCAGAAGAAUUGCCAACCAGGAGCCACAGAGAAGAUGGCAUUAUUGGUAAAUCAGAUGGGCGCAUCACAGCUCAGAUGAUCAAGGCCUUAUCUAAAGAAAAGUUUGGUGAAAAAUAG